CCUUGGGUUUUACAUAGAAUUUCUUCCACUACAAACUAAACGCCAUUUUGUGACUGAAUGUUUACAUGACUGAUAUUCUUCAGUCAUUAAAAGUCAUCAAAUCACAUGUCUUAUAUUCCCCAAAAUACAAACCACCACUCUGUAUCUCUCUCACACAAAAUAUAUCUCCCCUCUUUUAUCUCAAACUCAUCUCACAGAAAACAUAUAUCUCGCCUCUCUGUAUCUCUCACACACAAACCACCGCUCAGCCACUCUUCACCGGUCAUAUUGAAACCUGUCGCCACCUCUGCAGCCUCCUCUGCCACUGAUUCCACCGGAUUGUUGUUUCCUUUGUUUCUGUUGUCGCCGUUCAAAUUUCUACUUCCUCCGCCGCCGUUGAUUUCUCCGCCUCCUUGGGUUAACUCAGCCACUCAGAGUCUAGUUCAUUUUGUUCGACAUGAAAUGGAUGCUUAUCGGCUCUAUACAAUGUUAAGUGGAAAAAACAAGGACAAUCGGCAAGAAAAGAAGAUGGUGCAAGUAACUGGAAAAAAAAGUUAUGCUCGAGUUCGUGAAGAGCUAAAGACAUCUUUGGGACGAGAUCCAAGUCGUUUAGAAAUGUUUGAGUCAUGUUUCUCCAAAGGUGGAACUACCAAAAAUGCAGAAGCUUCAAAUGCAAUUGCACAAAUGAAACAAAUUAAAUCUAGUCUUCCCGAGGGUUCCAACGAUAAGCCUGGACCAGAUGAUGUGUUUUCUAAAGUCAUGGGUAAAGAUCGCAACGGUGAUGCGGUCAUGUAUAGUUUGGGUGUUCGUGCUUCUGAUGUUUGGGGGUAAUACCAAGUCGUUCCGCAUGUAAUAGAGAAAACAUCCAAUUGAAGGCUCAAUGUGAAGAACUUACUAGUACAGUGGUCCAGUUACGAGCCCAAGCAAAGAUGAAUGAGUCGAUGGAUGGUUCCAGUGUUCCCCGCCCCCUGUUGCAACCAAUGGACCUCCACGUUUACGGGUACUCAGGCUAAUCAGGGAUAAAGACUGCUAGGCUUGGAC